CUGGGGGAUGGGGAGGCCACAGAGAGACGGAGGUAGGCAGGCCCCAGAGAGCAAAGUCUUGUCAGAGAAGGCUGGGAUGGCAGGGUCACUCUGGAGCCCCGUGUGGGAGGAAGGAUUGGGGUGGGAAGGUGCACUGAGUCGUUGGGACCAAAAAGGUCUGGGAAAUGACUUCUGGUGGUAGGGGCACAAGAAAAGCUGAGAGGGAGCACCCAAGCCUCCCAUCCACACACCCCUUAGCUCCCUGGAGACCCCAGCUCCAUCCAGCUCAGGAGGUUUCCCUGGGUCCCACUCCCCACACCCCAAUCCCUGCCCUGGCCCUCCUCUGUUCCCACAGCUCUGCCCCAAGGAAGCCAGAGCGUCUCUGUGCAGGCUCCUGGGCUGAUGAUGUCCAGGGACCAGAGCUGGGUCCUCACCCUGCCAGGAUGAACUUCCAGUGAAUUUGCUGGACACAUCGACCAUCCACGGGGACUGGGGCUGGCUCACGUAUCCGGCUCAUGGUUGGGACUCCAUCAACGAGGUGGACGAGUCCUUCCAGCCCAUCCACACGUACCAGGUGUGCAAUGUCAUGAGCCCCAACCAGAACAACUGGCUGCGCACGAGCUGGGUCCCUCGCGACGGCGCCCGGCGCGUCUAUGCCGAGAUCAAGUUUACCCUGCGCGACUGCAACAGCAUGCCCGGCGUGCUGGGCACCUGCAAGGAGACCUUCAACCUCUACUACCUGGAGUCGGACCGCGACCUGGGGGCCAGCACGCAAGAAAGCCAGUUCCUCAAAAUCGACACCAUUGCGGCCGACGAGAGCUUCACAGGUGCCGACCUUGGUGUGCGGCGUCUCAAGCUCAACACGGAGGUGCGCGGUGUGGGUCCCCUCAGCAAGCGCGGCUUCUACCUGGCCUUCCAGGACAUCGGUGCCUGCCUGGCCAUCCUCUCUCUCCGCAUCUACUAUAAGAAGUGCCCCGCCAUGGUGCGCAAUCUGGCUGCCUUCUCGGAGGCAGUGACGGGGGCUGACUCUUCCUCACUGGUGGAGGUGCGGGGCCAGUGCGUGCGGCACUCGGAGGAGCGGGACACGCCCAAGAUGUACUGCAGUGCGGAGGGCGAGUGGCUGGUGCCCAUCGGCAAAUGUGUGUGCAGUGCCGGCUACGAGGAGCGGCGGGAUGCCUGUGUGGCCUGUGAGCUGGGCUUCUACAAGUCAGCCCCUGGGGACCAGCUGUGUGCCCGCUGCCCUCCCCACAGCCACUCCGAAGCUCCAGCCGCCCAAGCCUGCCACUGUGACCUCAGCUACUACCGCGCAGCCCUGGACCCGCCGUCCUCAGCCUGCACCCGGCCGCCCUCGGCACCAGUGAACCUGAUCUCCAGUGUGAAUGGGACAUCGGUGACUCUGGAGUGGGCCCCUCCCCUGGACCCAGGUGGCCGCAGUGACGUCACCUACAAUGCCGUGUGCCGCCGCUGCCCCUGGGCCCUGAGCCGCUGCGAGGCAUGUGGGAGCGGCACCCGCUUUGUGCCCCAGCAGACAAGCCUGGUGCAGGCCAGCCUGCUGGUGGCCAACCUGCUGGCCCACAUGAACUACUCCUUCUGGAUAGAGGCCGUCAAUGGCGUGUCCGACCUGAGCCCCGAGCCCCGCCGGGCCGCUGUGGUCAACAUCACCACGAACCAGGCAGCCCCGUCCCAGGUGGUGGUGAUCCGGCAAGAGCGGGCAGGGCAGACCAGCGUCUCGCUACUGUGGCAGGAGCCUGAGCAGCCCAACGGCAUCAUCCUGGAGUAUGAGAUCAAGUACUACGAGAAGGACAAGGAGAUGCAGAGCUACUCCACCCUCAAGGCCGUCACCACCAGAGCCACCGUCUCCGGCCUCAAGCCAGGCACGCGCUAUGUGUUCCAGGUCCGAGCCCGCACCUCAGCAGGCUGUGGCCGCUUCAGCCAGGCCAUGGAGGUGGAGACUGGGAAACCCCGGCCCCGCUAUGACACCAGGACCAUUGUCUGGAUCUGCCUGACUCUCAUCACGGGCCUGGUGGUGCUUCUGCUCCUGCUUAUCUGCAAGAAGAGGCACUGUGGCUACAGCAAGGCCUUCCAGGACUCGGACGAGGAGAAGAUGCACUAUCAGAAUGGACAGGCACCCCCACCUGUCUUCCUACCCCUGCAUCACCCCCCGGGAAAGCUCCCAGAGCCCCAGUUCUAUGCGGAACCCCACACCUACGAGGAGCCGGGCCGGGCCGGCCGCAGUUUCACCCGGGAGAUCGAGGCCUCUAGGAUCCACAUCGAGAAAAUCAUCGGCUCUGGAGAGUCCGGGGAAGUCUGCUACGGGAGGCUGCAGGUGCCAGGGCAGCGGGAUGUGCCCGUGGCCAUCAAGGCCCUCAAAGCCGGCUACACGGAGAGACAGCGGCGGGACUUCCUGAGUGAGGCGUCCAUCAUGGGGCAAUUCGACCACCCCAACAUUAUCCGCCUCGAGGGUGUCGUCACCCGCGGCCGCCUGGCAAUGAUCGUGACGGAGUACAUGGAGAACGGCUCUCUGGACACCUUCCUGAGGACCCACGAUGGGCAAUUCACCAUCAUGCAGCUGGUGGGCAUGCUCAGAGGAGUGGGUGCCGGCAUGCGCUACCUCUCAGACCUGGGCUACGUCCACCGAGACCUGGCCGCCCGCAACGUCCUGGUUGACAGCAACCUGGUCUGCAAGGUGUCUGACUUCGGACUCUCACGGGUGCUAGAGGACGACCCGGAUGCUGCCUACACCACCACGGGCGGGAAGAUCCCCAUCCGCUGGACAGCCCCAGAGGCCAUCGCCUUCCGCACCUUCUCCUCGGCCAGCGACGUGUGGAGCUUCGGUGUGGUCAUGUGGGAGGUGCUGGCCUACGGGGAGCGGCCCUACUGGAACAUGACCAACCGGGAUGUCAUCAGCUCCGUGGAGGAGGGGUACCGCCUGCCCGCACCCAUGGGCUGCCCCCGCGCCCUGCACCAGCUCAUGCUUGACUGCUGGCACAAGGACCGGGCACAGCGGCCUCGCUUCUCCCAGAUUGUUAGUGUCCUCGACGCGCUGAUCCGCAGCCCGGAGAGUCUCAGGGCCACCGCCACUGUCAGCAGGUGCCCACCCCCUGCCUUCGCCCGGAGCUGCUUUGACCUCCGAGGGGGCAGCGGUGGCGGCGGGGGCCUCACCGUGGGGGACUGGCUGGACUCCAUCCGCAUGGGCCGGUACCGAGACCACUUCGCUGCGGGCGGCUACUCCUCUCUGGGCAUGGUGCUACGCAUGAACGCCCAAGACGUGCGUGCCCUGGGCAUCACCCUCAUGGGUCACCAGAAGAAGAUCCUGGGCAGCAUUCAGACCAUGCGGGCCCAGCUGACCAGCACCCAGGGGCCCCGCCGGCACCUCUGAUGCACAGCCGGCAAGGCCCAGGUGGCCACCAAACACUCCGCAGGUCAUGCCAGCGGCAGAGGACGUGCGGGGCUGGCAGCAGGCAGGGCGGCCCCAGGCCUCUGCCCUCCUCUCGGGCGCUAGGGGGGCUGAAGGCUCCGCCACAGGACCUGGAGUUAUCAGGGGUCAGGUGCCUGGGAAGGGGCCUUUGGUGACCACCCUGGCCAGGACACCCGUCCCCCAGGGCAGGUGCCUUCUCUUUUCCGGAGCCUGGGGCCUCCACGCCACAGAGUCCAACAGGGACGUCACUCGCCUGCCUCUGUGUGCGUGUGUGUGUGUGUGUGGUGGGGGGUGAUCUCACAAGGUCAGGGGAUCCCGAGUGAACAAUGUGUGAUCAUGUGUGUCCACCCCUUCGGGUCUCAGCAUGGACGUAUGCAUGUUAUGAGCGUGUGCGUAUCUGUUAAGCCUGGAGGCACAUGUGGGUGAUGGUGGAUGAUGUGUCAUGAAUGAGGAGAUGUGUGAGCAGGGAACUCAGUGUGUGACACCACCAGGUCCAGCACCCACGGGGACAGGGGAGAGGCACACCCCUACAUCCCUGCACACCUGGAGGCUGGAGCCAGGGGUCACUUCUGAACUGCACCAGCACCAGGCCCACCCUCAUCUCUGCCUGGGUGAGCCCACCCUGGCUGUAUCUCAGGUCUGGGUCCUCCCUCUAGCCGAGGAGGCCACCUGCAGCCUUCACCCAGCUCCCACCGCUGCUUCAACAGGAAAACAGGGUUCCCGGCCAGUCCCACUGGCCGCCUUCAUGGAGGCAUCAUGGCAGAGCACAUGAGACGCCCUCAGCUGGACUUGGCUGCCUGGCCAGGGCCAGGGGCUCAGCAGCCCCCUCUAGCCUCUGAUGCCUUCCCUCCACGGCCCAGGUCUCCUCACUGAAAGUCCCUUCGCUAACCUUUCACUGCCCCCUGACACCUCCCCCUUGUCCCCCAGGCCUAGGAUCAGGGACCAGAGGAUCCUAGCUUCUCAGCCCCCAGCCCAGCCCUUUCUGUAGCAUAUGGGGAGACUGAGGCCUGGAGAGAGGGGUGAUGCCCCAUCCCAGGUUGCACCGCAACUAAGUGGCAGAGUCAGGGCUCCUGCCUCCGGCCAAGGCUCUUUUCCCCAUACACCAUCCCACAUGGGCGCUGGGGGUGGAGGUGCCCUGGAAGCCCCGCCCCCUCACACUGACCUCCCCCUUACGGCCCACCAGGGUAUGUAAAUAUCUCUUUUCUACCAUGUCAGAAUAUUUUUUCCUCACUCCUGACAAUGCAAAAAUGGUCUUCAAAGCACAUAAAAAGCACCCAGGGUGAUAAAGCCCCAACCCGGAGGCCGUUGGCAGACAGGGUAGCAGGAACCCCACUGUGUGCCCCCUGCCAGCCCCAGAGGGAGGGGCGAGCCCAGUUCCCCAGCCCUGCCCCCCCUCCCCAUAGCCAACACAGCUAUCCCGCGGGGACACCAGCACUGAGCCCCCUCUCCCUCCUGCAAUAAUUCGGGGAGUCUCAGCCCCAUCCAGGUGCCGCGGCCAGCUCUCUACACCUCUAUAUAUUAUAUUACUAUAUAGCCGAGCUGUUCUUCCUUCCUAUGGAAGUCGGAAACAUGGUCAGAACACGAUCUGGGGCGGGGGGAAUCCUGUCUUCUUCCCUACCCCCACCCCACUCUUACCCGGUUUCUGGGCUCUGGAUCCUCACAGUCAUGAAGGCACCAUGGGCCUGGCACUUGCAAAAGUGUGGCCCCUGACUCUAGCGUGGGGUCCCUCUCAGGGUCCUAGGGACCUGCCUCUAUGUGGUCUCCAUCCUGACUCUUGAAAUUACCCACAAUGAGAAUAAAUUCUGCCUCAUCUUU